AUGGCCACAGUUGAGGACUUGGUUUGGUCAACUUUCUUGCCUGGAGUUUGGGGGGAGGGAUUACAGAAGCAAGGGACAGCUAGCACAUGGUGGCUCCCCCAUAGCCAGCAUCACACAGGCUUUCUCUGUGGCCAGUUUGCCUGUCUCCUGCUCUGCCCAGUCCUGGACCCCGGCGCCCACCCUUCAACUUGAUUGUCUCCACCUCAGACACAUUCCGGAGCUUCCCAGGGCCAUGUGUGGGACAGUGGGAGCUCAGCCACCUUGGCCCACCUUGCCAGCUGGCUCCCAGUAUCCUGUCCAAUCCUCUCUCCUGUCCCUCAGGCCUCCUUGGCUCAGCCAUCGUCACGAUGGGGCCUUUUUUUGCACCGAUGUUCCCUGUCACCUUCCUCGGAUCCAACCCAGGGCUCCCCACUCCUGCUUCUGCUAAGGGGUGGCUGUCCUGCAGAAGCCUCCGUCUCCUUCCACCCCCCACCCCCUGGGUCUCUUCCCCAAACCAGACUCAGCUUCCGCCUUCGCCCCAUCUUCAACGCCUCUGUGCAGUUCCUACAUUGCCAACUGGGACUCUGCCGCCGUCGGGGUGCCCCACGGAGAGGCCCCCGCAGUGCUGACCAGCCCCCACGGUGUCUCUCCCAGGAUGAAGCCUGCACCGGGAGUGGGAGCAGGGAGGAGGUCAUCGGAGAAAACCCCCAUCUACACACCCUGUCCCAGCCUAUCAUUGUCACUGUGCCUCAGCCCCUCCACAGACCCCCUCGCAUUCCCCCUGAUCAGUCAGAGGCGGGGCGGGGCCAGGUCCUCCAUCCUGACCCACAAGCCACGGGCUGCGGGGGCUUGGACCCUGCCCCAGUUGUGGCCAUCGCUGUAUCUGCCUUCAUCCUGGGGGCUGUCCUUACUGCCGGCUUGGCUCUGAUCUAUGUCCAUACAGCUCCACCCCCACCAAGGGCAGCCCCCCAUGCAUUUCCAAGCCCCUCCCAGCCUAGGAGGCCUCACUGAGAGCAGGUAAGGGGGGGAAGGGAGACAAGUCAGGGGGAAUCAGAUGGUAACAUCUCAGUUCUGCCACGUUUUACUCAGGGUCUUGGUGAGGGGGUGGUCCUAGAGUUCCUGGGAGAAGCCAUUGAGUAUGCGUGUGUGUGUGUGUGUGUGUGUGUGUGUGUGUGUCCAGCAAUGUGGUAUGGUGGAAAGAACCUAGGACUUUGAGUCAUAAGACCUGGGUUCAAGUCCCAGCAUUCGCACUUCCCUUCUCAGAACCUCUGUUUACUCCUCUGUAAAAUCAAAGGACUGGAUUAAAUUAUCUCUAAGGUCCCUUCCACUUCUAAAUCUUAUCAUUUCAUGAUACCUUUGCUGCAGAGCACUGGUCCUACAGGCAGAUUCCAACAGGAGCCCCCAUCAUCUCCUCCCCUCCUCGAAGCCCUAUCUCUACAUCUCCCUCUACCUGGGAUCGCCAAAC